AAUCUGUCACUGUCAAAAUUUAACUGCUGUGCAGUUUUCUUGGAUUUUCUUUCUUUCCCUUUUCUAGGUGUUAUCGGUUACCUAUCCUAUUAGCCGCCGGCUUCAUUUAGAUUUCCUUUCCUUGAACAAUAAAACCGUAUAAAAUCUACAAUGUCAGUCCAGACUUUGCUUUUAGACUUUUCCAUCGAUCCCGCUCGUUUGGGCGAUGAAAGCGGCCAAAAAACAGUGUUUGGUCAACUGGAAACUGUGCUAAAAGAUUAUAUUCCAAAUCUUAUUUUAGCCGCUGAAAUUAAUAUAGAAGGUGGGUCCUUGAAACUGUUGACAGGAAAGAAGGGGACAACAGUUUCUGUUCGCCUAUUUGACCGAGGCCUUGUCACUGUAAAUAUUGAAUAUUACAAGGAGGAUUCAGAGGAACCAUUAAUAAGCUUCAAGUCGGCGAGAGUAUUGGAAAGCCAGCUGAAAAAAUACAUCACUGUCAUAAAAUCGCAAGCUUAUACGCCGAUUAAAAGGUGCCUGUUUGGCAGGUACUAUCCAACAUCAGACGAGCGGCUUUUGGAGUACGAUAUCGAUGGAGUCAUAUUCGACGAACAAUCCCCCUUCCAAAGGGUGCAGAUUGUCCACUCGAAGUCUCUUGGAAAUAUGUUGGUGCUAGAUGAUUUGCAGAAUAUUUCUGAGGCUGAUCUGGUUUACACUGAAACUCUGAUGCAGAGGGGAAAGGAGUCAUAUGAAGGGAAGGAAAUAGUGAUUUUGGGUGGUGGCGACGGCGCACUGCUUUACGAGCUCCUUAAAGAGAAGCCGAAAUUCGUUUGGAUGCUGGAGAUCGACGAGCUGGUAAUGGACGCCUGCAACAAACAUCUCAAGUCUAUCUGCGGGGAUGUGCUCGAGAGAAGAAAGGGACCCAACUAUGAGAUUAUAGUCGAAGACUGCAUGCUGACCGUGAACAAGUUCAUAAAGGAGGGCAAGAAAGUGGACUACAUAUUCGGGGACCUCACCGACAUACCGAUAUCGGAGUCCGCCUGUGGGGAGCUGUGGGAGUUCAUGAUCACCAUCCUGCAGGCCUCGUUCAAGAUCCUCAAGCCCAAUGGAAAGUUUAUGACUCAUGGUAAUGGAGCCACUUCACCCGAGUCCUUGGAGCUUUACGAGCAGGAACUGGCCAAACUGAAGCCACCAGUCAAGUACAGCAAGAGCAAGGCAUUCGUGCCAUCGUUCCUCGAAGACUGGAUCUUCUAUCAGAUAUCAUUCAAAAACCCAGACAACGGAGACGCUUAACACAUCACAACCAAAGAACAGUGUUCCCUUAAAGUAUUCUCAUCACUAAGUCAUAUUAACGCCAUACUUUUAAGCGUAGUUAUUAUAACACAGUCCACUAUUAUAUUGAUAAGGUUUAAACACGUGAAACGUAGUAUUUUAGUAUCUUGUUCCUCAAUUUUUCUUAUGCGGGUGCUUUUUAGUAUUAAAGUUUACAACUCGAAUGUACGCGAUUGUCGGCGCUGUAACGGGUUAUGUACACGAAUGUACUUCGUUAACGGUAUUGUGACGCGACGAAUUAUUUUGAAUGGUAGUUUUGAGUUUGAGAAAAAUAUUGACUCUUUGUUUGUAUUAGAUUUAAAAGAAAUUUUGCUGUUACAUUUCUUGACAAUAUUUUGCUUAUUUCUUGAAUUGUUUUGUAUUAAUACAAUUAUUUUAUUGGGA